AUGGUGACCGACUCUGGCGCCGGGGCCUCAUCCAGCCUCGAGACUCGUCGCAGCACUGUCACUGCUGCUGAUGUUGCUGCUGCCAAAGAACAUGACACCCUGUUUGCUUUUGGUCGCACGAUGGACAGCAGCAUCAGCACCAUCGAGAAUGAGUACGCGUCCGAUAACGCAUCCAACUCGCACCCGCCCGACUUUGACGACGACGAUGACAAUACUGGCUAUUCAUCGUCUACCUCCUCAACCUCGGAUAUCUUUGACCACCACAGGAACGGCGUCGGCUUCGUGCCACUUCCUACUGCCUCCGCCGCCCACCCCAAGGUCCGACCGUACAGGUUCAUGGCCAAGCUUGCGAGAAUACGACAACGCAAUGUGCCGUCGCUGGCAACCAUGGACGCCGCUCGACCCGUUUCGGUGGCUGACAACCUCCCGCGGCUUAUGCCCUCGAGCCUGUCAUCUUCAACGUCUGGCUCGGGUGAAGACACAAAUACAUCCGAGGAGGGCCUGGUCGCCGGUAUGACAGACCACUGGACAAGAAUGAGAAAGCAACGUGUGCAUGUGCACAAUAUACUCGACGAGAUCCGGCCUAGACGCGUUCAGCUGCAGGAAAUCAGACGGCAGAAGAAUGAGGCCGACAGUGCAAUAUUUCAGGACCUCCGCCGCGGUCUCUUCCGAGAUGACCCGGCGGCGAUGGAGAUGCGCCUACAGAGAAUUGACCGCCUCCAACUCUCGACCCAGAACGCGGAGCAAACCCUAGAGGCCUUGAUGGAAGAUUUGGAGGUGGCCGAAAGAGAACUUGAGGUCUUGGAGCGGCGGUUCUACAGCCAAUUUACCCUGGAUGAUAGUCCAGCAUCCACGAGUGAGCGGGUCUCGCCUGCUCUGUCUCGCCGCCCGUCCAGAACCUCGCUGUUUGGCAUCAGCCAGGAACGGGCAGAGCUUUCCCAUCCACUGUACGUGGAGAUGCGCGAGGCGUUCAAGAGCUUGCAGUUGGCGCGCGACCGGAUCCACAACCUUAACUUCAGGCGCAUGGCCAUCGAGGCUGAGAACGCAAGAUAUAGUCGGUCAGAGCAGGAGUUCUUAAACAACUUUGCGGAAUACGAAAUGAUGGCGCGGGAUAGACUCGACCAUUGGACCAAGGAGUUUGACCGGCUCCAAGCUCUAUGUCGCGAGAAGCAUGUCGUACCCAUCAACACGCCAUUUGUGGAGGACAACAAUGGGUAUCAGCCCAUUCUUAGACACGAAGACGACAGGACAUUGCAGCUUCAGCCAACGGAGAGGGCCUCGCCCAGCACCAGACCCAAGAACUUGGCACAUCCCCGGUAUCCUAUUCUUCUGAGUAACCCAAAACACCUUGUGCAGCAUCCGUUCCCUUACACGGCCAGAGGUGCCCUCAAGAUGGCCGUCUCUACGCGAAAAGAUCUACCCAACCGGGAUCGCAUCAUAUCCGAAGCGACCCAAGAAUACGGAAUUCAUACUUUACUCUUUGAUGCAAAACCCGAAGACAAGAAUGACUUCAUCAACCGGUGGCUUCUCCACAAGCUACGAACAUCCGCCAUGGAGGUCUUGGUGCUUUACUCAACCUUCCGCACUGUACUGAACUUUGUUGAUAUCGACCGCUGGCAGCGGGACAUCCUGAUGCACUGGUCCCGCGACGAGGCCGUGAAACCAGCCGGAGCCUCGCGACAGCCUUCCAGGUCUCGCAAUUACAUGAUCGGCGACGACGUGUCGCAGGGCUACUACCAGCGUGAUACCGUGAGUGAGCCUCUCGAGCUGCACCACAUGGGCUCUUGGAACAAUUCUGGACGGCAGACGCCGGUGAGCCAGGCUGCCCAUAGCCGUGUCAACAAACACCCGCAGAAGCUCCGAAUUCUGGACCUUGAAGACCGCCAAAGCUGGCAACAGGUCUCUUGA